CUGCCAGCAGCGCCCUCAAGCAGCGCCCCGAGUCGGUUCGCCGCAGCCUGGCACCCCUAGACCAUGGGGAAGCUGGUGGCGCUGACCCUGCUGGGGGUCGGCCUGGCCCUGAUUGGGGAGAGGCUAUUGGCGUUUAGACAAAGAAUGAAUGUGUCACGAGAAGUGGAGCCAGUAGAGCCUGGGAACUGCCACCUGAUUGAGGGAAUUGAAACUGGCUCUGAAGAUAUUGAUAUACUUCCUAGUGGGCUGGCUUUUAUCUCCAGUGGAUUAAAAUACCCAGGCAUGCCAAGUUUUGCACCAGAUAAGCCAGGAGAAAUCUUUUUGAUGGACCUGAAUGAGCAAAACCCAAGGGCACAGGCAUUAAAAAUCACUGAUGGAUUUGACAAAGCAUCAUUUAAUCCACAUGGAAUCAGUACUUUCAUCAACAAAGACCAUUCUGUGUAUCUUUAUGUUGUGAAUCAUCCCCACAUGAAGUCCACAGUGGAGAUAUUUAAAUUUGAGGAACAACAACGUUCUCUCGUACACCUGAAAACUAUAAAACAUGAACUUCUCAGAAAUGUGAAUGACAUCGUGGUUCUUGGACCAGAACAGUUCUAUGCCACCAGAGACCACUAUUUUACCAACUUCUUCCUGUCACUGUUAGAGAUGGUCUUGGACCUUCACUGGACUUAUGUUCUUUUCUACAGUCCACAAGAAGUAAAAGUGGUGGCUCAGGGAUUUAGUUCUGCCAAUGGAAUCACUGUCUCACUAGACAAUAAGUAUGUCUAUGUAGCUGAUGUAUUUGCUAAGAACAUUCAUGUAAUGAAAAGAGACGACAACUGGGGUUUAACUCAACAGAAGGUAAUACAGUUGAACACCUUAGUGGAUAACUUAACUGUUGAUCCUGCCACGGGAGAUGUUUUAGCAGGUUGCCAUCCUAAUGCCAUGAAGCUGCUGGUCUAUAACCCCGAGGAUCCUCCAGGGUCAGAAGUACUUCGCAUCCAGAAUGUGCUGUCCAAGAAGCCCAGGGUGAGCACAGUAUAUGCAAACAAUGGCUCUGUGCUUCAGGGCAGUACUGUGGCUUCCAUGUAUCAUGAAAAACUUCUCAUUGGCACGAUAUUUCAUGGAGUUCUGUACUGUGAACUCUAGACUCCAGAUAUUCAUGAAAGUGAAAAAAAAAAAACAAAAAACCCUAAGUGUAUUGAAAUUGGAACUGUCAGUAAAUAACAAA